AUGAAAGUCAAUAAUGAUCUUUCAGCUUCCUUUGAGGAAUUGCCUUUGAUGGGCAGUCAGAGUGAGGCUGUGCCCUCAAACGGCAAUAUUCACAGACGGCCUGUUCCUACUCAAACCAGCGGUACUUCCUCAUCCCAAGAUAACCAUACUUGGGACCAUAGCUGGGAAGAUAAGACACGCCUUGAUAGCCCGCAAUCCUUCUUCGGAGAGAGUGAAGCUACAUACAGUAACCAUGACACGCAUGCUGGCAUUGCAACACCAAGUUCGCAAUCUCAUGAGGGGAACUUGCCUCUCGAGGAGGCCCGUUGCUCUUUGUUGCCAUAUCGAUCUGCAGCAUGGUUUAUCCACCAGAGAGAUCUCAAGCUUUCGACUCUUGCAGCAGCGGUUCUCAUGCACGAAGAGUGCAUAAGUUUCAAGGAUCUGGAACCGUACUGUGCGCUUUAUGCCCGCGAUGACUCUCCUGAACCUACUGAUCCCCUCUCUGGUGCCCUAUCAGCGGCCCACGGUAUCGUAGGCGGGGUCGUCAACGGAGUAGCCGACUACCCUAUCGAGAUUGGGAAGAUGCUGAAAGCAGAUCAACCUCUGGCUACAGGCAUGGCUAAGAAUUUCGCCCUCGACACAAAUAAGGGCGUGAGCAGAAUCAUCGGGACAGGUUUAAAAGCUCCGAUGGAUGUGACUCUAGGCGUGGCUAAAGGAUUUGGUAAUUUGCCGAAAGCUUAUGGCGACGAGACUGUCAGAGAGAAAGAGAAAGUCACUGGUAUUGGAAGUGGGCUAAUGGUUGCUGGAAAGGGUGCUCAACAGGAAGGCGCCUUGGGGUUCAUGAAAGGGUUCGCCAAAGGUAUCGGAGGCGCCGUGUGCAAACCUGUCUCAGGUGCUGUUGGUCUUCCUGCGUAUGCCUUCAAGGGAAUAUAUGAAGAAGUUCAUAAGAGUCGUGGUAAUAAUGUUGAUGGACACGUGAUUGACUUACUUCUGGCCAAGGGCGAAGAGGAGUGUAAGACCUGUGGAGUGGAGGAAAGAAGCAAUGUUUUGAGCAGGUGGCAUGAGGUGCAGUUACUCGAGACAGAUUUCCUGGAAGGGAAGUAUCAGUGA